AUGGACAAUUUCAUGGACAAAUUGCAUGGACAGGACGAAAGGAUAGUCAGUAUCUUCCGUAAAGAAGAAAUUGACGACUUGGAUACCUUCCUACAACUUGAUGACAAUGACUUUACAAGACUGAAGCUAACUACUAAAAUGAUUAAAAUUAUUCAACGUGUGCAACGGGAGUACGAUCAAGCAGGUCAUACAACUACCUCCGCGUCCUGUUCUACAACUACUCAACUGUCAUCUUCUGCAACUGAUCCGAACGACAAUCCAUACCAAGAAAUUAACUUGGAUGAGAUCAUCAAUAUCGACCGUGUGUUUGAGAAAACUGAGGAAGGCAUUGCAGUCAUGGAAGCACUGAAAGAGACAACAAAACCAAAUGAGACAAUCAUCAGAAAAGUUGGUAAUAUACUAUGUGACUGCCUGAAGUCACUGUACGGCUGCCGCCCGUGCAACUUUUAUAAAAACCAGAUUGCAGUUUCACUUGUCCAAUCAUACCCGAUUACGGCUGCUGAGUCAACUGAAACGCCACAGGCAUUGUGGUUCCACCCACAUGCUAGGGGAACCAAUCGGCAUGCAGGACGCAUUCAUUAUAGAAUGGAGUACCUCUCCCGAAAAUCUGAAGAACGCGUAACCAAGCGCCGACGAAUCGCAGACCAGGGAGAAGAUGUCCAGCUCAUUUCUCCAGCAGCACCUGAAGAUAUCGAUAAAGCUGAAAGCGAGUUGAAAUUCAUUAUUCCAAACUCUCAGAUGAAAUCCAGAGUGAUCGAGUUAUGGAAUGCAACGUUCAAGAUGCGACAUUAG